AGUCCUAGCAGUGCAGGCAGUCAGCCCACAGACUUUGGCUGCGCUGCUCAGAGAUGGCGUCCCUUCUGCAGCCAGAUAGAGUUGUCUAUCUGGUUCGUGGAGAAAAAAGAAUCAGAGCCCCUUUAUCUCAACUUUAUUUCUGUCGUUACUGUAGUGAGCUACGGUCUCUGGAAUGUGUGUCUCACGAGGUGGACUCUCACUAUUGUCCAAGCUGUCUGGAGAACAUGCCAUCUGCAGAGGCCAAGCUUAAAAAGAAUAGGUGUGCAAACUGUUUUGACUGCCCGUGUUGCAUGCACACACUGUCUACCCGAGCCACCAACAUCCCAGCUCCUCUGCCUGAUGACCCCACUAAGACGGCCAUGAAGAAGGCCUACUACCUGGCCUGUGGCUUCUGUCGCUGGACCUCCAGGGACGUGGGGAUGGCCGACAAAUCAGUUGCCAGUGGUGGAUGGCAGGAGCCAGAGAACCCUCAUACUCAGCGGAUCAACAAGCUGAUCGAGUAUUACCAGCAGCUGGCUCACAGAGAGAAGCAGGAUAGAGAUCGGAAGAAGCUGGCCCGGAGACGACAGUGCAUGCCUCUGGCCUUCUCGGAAAAAUAUGGUCUUGGAACCAGACUGCAGAGGCAGAGGUCUGGAGCCCCCAUCUCAGGCCUGUCCGGCCUUACCCUUAAAGAGGGUGAAGACCAGAAGGAGAUCACCAUUGAACCUGCACAGGCUCUGGAUGAAGUGGAGCCCCUGCCUGAGGACUGUUAUACCAGACCCAUCAGCCUACCAGAGGUGACCACGCUGCGCCAGCGUCUCCUGCAGCCGGACUUCCAGCCUGCCGGGGCAUCUCAGCUGCACCCCCGACACAAGCACCUGCUGAUGAAGCGCUCACUGCGCUGCAGGAAAUGUGAGCACAACUUGAGCAAGCCAGAGUUUAAUCCUACUUCAAUCAAGUUUAAAAUCCAGCUGGUGGCUGUGAGCUACAUCCCUGAAGUGAGAAUUAUGUCUAUUCCAAACCUCCGGACCAUGAAGGAGAGCCAAGUGCUGCUGACCUUGACCAACCCUGUGGAGAACAUCACACACGUCACUCUGUCUGCUUGUGAGGACGAGGAUCCUGAUGAUAUCAACAGCACUGCUAAGGUUAUGGUACCCAGCAAAGAACUGGUGUUGGCGGGGAAGGAUGCUGCCGCUGAAUACGAUGAGCUGGCUGAACCUCAGGACUUCCAGGAUGACCCAGAUGUCGUUGCCUUCAGGAAAUCCAACAAGAUUGGUUUCUUCAUCAAAGUGAUCCCCCAGAAAGAGGAGGAUGGCGACGUCACCGUUUCAUUUAAGAUCCGACACGACUUCCGCAACCUCGCGGCCCCCGUCAAGCCGAGCGAAGAGGGGCCCGAGACCCCCGCAGAGGCAAUUUGGCUGACACACCAUGUGGAGCUGAGCCUGGGACCGCUCGCUCCCUGAACACAAAUAAUUCUAUCACACAGUCCUAGUGUUGGGUCCUUUGAACUACUUUCUGUAAACUGUGGGAUGCGUUUAGUUUUUAAAUGAUUUCUGAUUCUGCUUAUUGUCAUUUAAGAGCUAUUUGUGAUCUGUUUGGCAUACAGUUGUUUCUGGGCGUCAGCUCAAGGUGCGUCACCAAAAACAUUGUGGUACAUUUAGUCAUUGUACUAUAGCUGAGUUUAUAAAACUACAUGAAACCAUGACUGACUGCAGACUGAUAAUUGCUUAAGAUUUAACUUGAUUUGUUGAUAUCUUGUUGGUUUUUGUUUCAAAAAAGCAAAUGAUAUGUUUUUUUACAACCUGAUUGUCCUCAGCUUAAACAAUAUCAUUUCAUUAAAUAGCCCCUUUCAGUAAUCUACAAGAUGCACAACCUAAUACAUAGUUAAAAUAAAAAAUGUGUUGUAUACAUACAAUAUUUUCUUAAAUUGGAAAGCAACUAUGUAUGCUUUGUAUUAUUCAAUGUAAUUGCUCUGGAUUUCUUUCUUUAGUGGUAUGGUUGAGCUUUUUAAUGUAUGUGGGAAACAGCAGUUUGCACAAAGAGGAGUGAUUGGUUCUAUAUUAUUAUUAUUAUAACACCAUAGAGAUUACAGAAACAGAAAUUGGGUGAUGAGCAGAAUCAGAAAUCCUAACUGAGAACAAUCUGAACAUUUCCCGCCUGAGCAGCAAUCUCUUCUGCGCUUUCAGCUUAUGUAUCCUCAUCAACAUCCCUUUACGCAGACUGUAAUAUCGUAUUAACUCGCAUGCUUCAACUCUAGUGAAUAUCGCACAUGUAAAACAAUAUCAUCACAGUUACUUUUUUCUCAUUUGAAAGGCUUUUUUUUUAAGGUGAUACCUGCUCAUACAGUAACCCCCACUGGCACUUUGGAGAGGAUGAAGCUCUGUAAAUGACAUUAAAUACAAAGUGUUUAUUAUUUAAAUGUACUCAAGACACUAUCUUUUUUUUUCUGAUUUAAAAAAAAUGUAUCCUUCUGGUUUGUAGAAGUAUAAGUAAAUAAGCUGCUUUCAUAUUUGGUCUCCAGUGUGUUAGUAGAACAGAGCCUAACAACACAGUUAAUCUUCUGUACCGGCUAAUAAAAUAAUGUGAUACUGUAA